AUGGAUACAGACUGCGACAUGACGAACUGGCCUCCAGUACGAGUAGCUAUCUCCUUGGAUGAUACCUACCGUACCCACAGCGACGACCAAGAUCCAGAGGCUCUAUUCGAAAAGGCUAUGCGAUAUCUCGGUUCCAUAACCGCAAACCACACAGCUACGCCAGAGUACAAGGAGACUCUUAUCAAAUGGACCAACGAUUCAGUGAUUCACGCGAUAUACGGGAGCAACAUGAUAGAGUGGGCUGGACUACAUUGGGAAGCAACAUUUAAUCACUGUCACCAAGUACUUCAAGGGUUGGAUCCUUCUGUGGGCGGUGAUUCAGACGAUAUCCGAGGUCAACGCGAAGUCGUACAACACAUGAAAGCCUACCAGCACAUCCUCCGUCGCUUCGUUUUUCUGGGAGAGGACAUGUCAGAAGAACUCAUAAAAGAUACGCACGCGAUCCUCUGCAAAGGCGUUUCAAUCAUCGACCCUGAAUAUCCAGAAGUGCCCUACGAGAGAUACGCGGGCAAAUAUCGCACAGUUCCUGUGGGUGCGGGCAGCACCAUGUUUAUUAUGCCCAAAUUCGUCCCAGCCAAGAUGACCGAGAUGUGUGCCAAUAUUAAGAGGGAACUCCAGGAAGGGGAUAACGGUUUGGACCUGUUUUCGCUUGCGUCGAAAUACUCGCUCAGAUUUGUCGAGAUUCAUCCCUUUCAAGACGGCAACGGACGCAUGUGUCGGAUGAUCCUCAAUGCUAUUUUGUUUCGGUAUCUUGGAAUCGUCGUUCCAAUCGGGGAGACGGAAGAAGAUUGUAUCGAGUAUAUAAAUAUCAAGAAGCGCGCUUCAAGGGAUAUGGAGGGACAUGGAGAAUAUGCCACUUUUGUGCUGAAGAAGGGAGCGAAAUCUAUACAGAAGUUGAAGCAAAAGCUUCAGGGAAAAAAGACGUAA